AUGGAUGAAUGGAAUGGUAUGAGUUAAUGAGGGGAAUGGUAUGAUGGAUGAAAGGAAUAGUAUGAUGGAUGAAGGGAAGGGGUAUGAGUGGAUACAGGAAAAGCUAUGAUGGAUGAAGGGAAGCAGUAUGGAUGGAAGAAGGGAAUGGUAUGAUGGAUGAAGGAAAGGGGAUAUGGGAGGAUGAAGAGAAUGGGAAUGAGUGGAUACAAGAAAGGGUAUGACGAAUGAAGGGAAGCGGUAUGGAUGGAAGAAGGAAAGGGUAUAAGUAAAUGAAGAGGAGGGAAACAUAAACAGGGGCAGUAGCAAAACAAGGGGAAAACACAAGACUACUGUAAAGGAAGAAUGAGGGUUACCAUGCUUUUAUCCAGAGAGAGUACCCACAGAGUAGAGAUAGUCAGAACUGGAGGAAAUACAGUGCCCCAACGUCAUUUUUAUAUGCUCCAAAACAGCUCUUUUAUAGUAGAUUGUUAAAUAACAUAUUUAGAACUGUAACGGGCAAAUGCUGACCCAGAAGGAUUUCUGUAUUAUUAUUACUAGUCAGAAAUACUAUGCCACAUAGCUGGAGGGAGUCAAUCUCAGAAUAUAUGGGACAUUUUCUGUAUAUGAUCAAACAAAAAAAAAUCAGACAAAAUUGAGACCUAAUGCCUAUAGGCUCAGGCCCGAACUGUUCUGUAUUUGGAAUCUGUCAGACCAGUAUAAUAUUUUGAGUCUGACAGAUUCCAGUUCUUCCUUUCCAUUAACAUUUGCCCCAGUAGAUAGUCAGAUGCCCCCCAUACAACAUAAAUUUGUUAUCAGUGCCUUUACUCAACUGUGAGUACCCGAGAAAGCAAAUCUUAGGAGCAUCACCAAAAAUAGCUCCACACCUGUCUACAGGCUGUGAAUGCUUUAACAGCUCUGUCCCAUUUACCUGUAUUUUCUGGCGUAUAAGACUACUUUUUAACCCAGGAAAAUGUUCUCAAUAGUCGGGGGUCAUCUUAUACGCCGGGUGUCGUCUUAUAGGGCGGGUGCUGCAGACGGCCAGGACACCCUGGGUAUGGAUAGAGAUAGAGCGGGCCACCCGGGGUAUGGAUAGAGAGAGAGUGGCACUGUUCCCAGAAAAACAAGCAUCUUUCAACCGUCCGGCCCACCCUUGUAUGUAUCCUUUUACCUUACCUUUCUCUUCCUCUCAGAUCUCGCUCCUGAGGACUGCAGUGAAGCGGCGCACAUGUGCGAGAUCUGAGGUGGCGCAGGCGUGAAUGUGCAAGAUCUGAGAGGUGGCGCAGGUGUGCAUGUGCAAAAUGUGACAGGUGUGCAUUUGUGAGAUCUGAGAGGCAGAAAAGGAGGUACGGUAAUGGGAUACAAGGGCAGGCCAGACGGGUGAAAGAGGCAUGUACCGCUUUGAUAGUCUUGGAGACAGGGAGGGCUGGGCAAACAGGGAGAGCUGACCAAUCCAAGCAGACUUUGUAUAUAGCAACCAGCCAAUCACUGGUAAGGUACAGUACAUCACGGUAGAGGGGUAGUCUUAUAUGGCGAGUAUAUCCCAAACUCCAUAUUUUAACUGUAAAAGUUGGGGGUCGUUUUAUAAGCCCAGUCGUCUUAUACACCGGAAAAUACAGUACUUUAAUGGAAUGGAGCCGCAAUACUAGACAUGACCCCAUGGACAGGUGUGGAAUUGUUGUCGGAAGAAAGCAGUCAUGUUUUUUUAAUUUUGUAGACCCUUUUUAAUAUUAUCUCCCAGGUAAAAGCUGAAAAUGCAACUUUGCCAAAAGAAAAGGUGCCCACCCUAUUAUACUUUCCUGAGAUCCAUCUGGGUUUUAAUAAAAAAAAUAGUUGAUUCAUCGUAACUUUUGUUCGGGUCCCAAGUGAUCAUAAUCUGCCUGGUAAUAACUCUCUACAUCUACAAACAACAACCUCUGCUUGAGACCUGCACAGACAGCUGUGAUGACAGCAAUGCAUCAUGCCGCAAUGUCGGUGCUUCGGCUAAACUUGGCCUGUGCCCAGGUGGUAGCCAAGAGCAUUUUUGAUCCUCCCUAAGCUUCAGGGAAGGAUCCUGAAACCUUGCAGGUGCCUUCCAGCCUGGAGGGUAAGGAAAGGCUUGCGGGGGGCCUCUAUCCUUUUGGAGAAGGGCUUGGAAAGACCACAUCCGUGUGCAAAAUUUGUGUGAAAUGUUUGCACUUUUUUUUGCAUUGAGGUAUAAGGGCACACUCCUCAGCUCCUUACUCACCUGUUCUAUUCUUGCUGCUCCACUCCUCCCUGCAACCUUUGUUAACAUUCCUAAAACAAUGGUGUAUGUGGACACCCUACAACCAUAAAACUGGCCCCAGUGAUCUCCUGUCAACUACUGUUGAAGCCAUUGCUUUGCUGCAAGGUGCCCUGUUAUUUCAUCAAGGUUUGUUUCAAAAAGGAGGUCAUCAUCUUAUCCUGGGUGAGAAGGUUUCUGAGACCACCACAAAUGAGCACCAACAGCAGCUGCCAUCUUCUCAGCCAUGUUCUGUACCUUAGCGGGUACUCGAUAAUAUCAACCUUAGGGCUCAUCAUGAACAUCAUUGCCAUCUAUUUGUUUAUUCAUGUGAAUCAGCUGAGGUCACCCACUAUUGUCUACAUGAAGAACCUUGCCAUAGCUGACCUGCUACUGAUCUGCACCGUUCCCCUGAAAAUCUAUUCCUACACAAUAGAGCCAUCAACUAUUAACUCAAAUUUACAGUUCUGGAUAUGUAACGUCUUCGGUUCAUUCCUCCUUCUCAAUAUGUAUAGCAGUAUUUUUUUAUUGACCUGUAUUAGUUUUGACCGAUAUCUGGCCGUUUGCUUCCCUCUUCGAUCUCGACGCCUCCGACAGAAGGCCCCUUGGAUCUGUGUUGGUGUAUGGUUCCUCAACGGAAUAUCCGUCAUUGUGAAUUCCAUCAUUUUUAUAGAGGGGUCUAAUACCAAUCAUUCUUGUUUGAAUGGCCGUCCACCAUUUGUUACUCAGAAAGGACCUACAAUAGGGGCUAUAGGCAUAGGCUUUUUAGUUCCUCUCGUAGUCAUGGUCAUAAGCUCGGUGGCCAUGUUGAAAUCAAUGAACCAAAGUCACGUUGUUCAAGAAGGACUAGUCAACAGGGUGAAGGUAAUACGUAUGCUGGCUACCAAUACAGCUAUAUUUCUUCUUUGCUUCCUUCCGUAUCAUCUGGUAUUACUUUUUUACCAAUUCAUGGAUAACUGUUUUCUGGAAGAGGCCUACCAGUUCACGCUAUUGACAGCCUGCUGUAACACAGUGCUUGACCCCUUCGCUUAUUACUUCACCACUGAUACCAUCAGAAAUGUGGUCAGAGAGGAGAUCAAAGCAGGAAAGAAAUUUCUGGAGCUGUCUGAUCAUUCAUCUGAGAAAAAUAGACCCAUUAUAUCCUCUUAGCAGGCCACCAAGGAUCUUUAUUCUGCAACAAAACUCCACCAGAUUGUUGACAGGUCAAGCAUGAGACCUAGAGGUAAAGUUACCUGGAAUAUGAAAUCACAUUGGAUUGAUAAAGUUUUUAUCUUCAGGUUUGACCUUACUAAAUGGAAGACUAUAUUGUGGACCAAGAAUGGCCCACCAACCCAUUGCCAAAUGGUAUGGAAAGCUUUGCGAUAAUGAUGGGAACUUAUGGCAUUAGACAAUGUAGUUAAUGUAUCAUUUAUACUGUGAACUUUCUAAGUGCUGUCCAGACUGGUCUACCAAACAAAAAGACUGAGUGAAUGACUGACUGAGUGUCGGUCCUACAUCUCUCACUACGUAGCCAAAAUAAACUGGAUUAUCAAUUGUAGAAGAAAUUUCUACACUUUUCUGCACUUUUCCAAUGACGAAAGAAUGUUAUUGGCAUCUCAUGUUUUGCUUUACAUGGAACUUACGAGCAUCUUGUCCAAGUGGAACUCUUCCAUCUUCCUAUACUGGACUGAUAUUAGGACAAAUCUAGAUGUUGACUAUCAGACAGAUCACUCCAUGGUUUGAUUCAGUGUGAGGCUACAAGGGUUAUCGCUCAAGUUUUCCCAGUCCGUCUCUACGUAGACUUGUUUUGAUGACCACCACCUGCUAUUGUAUGAGAUGCAGUUUGGGUUCUACCAGGGACAGAUUGGUGGAGGCCCUAAAUAUGUAUCGGCCUUCCUCCAUUUUUACGAAUAAAAAAAUAAGGAGUAUAUAUGAAGUGUGUCAUAUUCUACCUAGUAAAUACCACCAGUGCCAAAUAAAAGUUCAGCAAGCUUAAAGAGGUACUCCCCUGGAAAAAAA